UGAACCCACACCGAAAGCUAUAGGUUUACCAUUGCUACAGAAAGAUGAAUUUGUUUCUACAUUUUCUGUCUAUAGCAGGUUUGCUUGUGCAAAAUUCUUUGGUGAUGUAGCAGACACACUGCCGACGGCAGAAGUAACGGUAGUUGACACUGAGGGGGGUGCAAUGGAGUCCACCACCCAGAUAUCUCCAAUCACCGCCAUGAAUCCUGAGAACAGUAAUAAAUCAUUAGAAAUCUCUCAAGAAGCAGGAAGAAGGAUCAUAUUGGAGGGGAUUCUCAAGUCAUUUUCCAAUAGUUUAGGGAAUACAAUGGCCAGAGCAAAGAAGGACAUGAAGGCGGAAAUGGAGGAAGUGCAGGAGUCAUUGGAGGAUACAACGCAAGAUAAUGCGCCGACGGGAGCAACGAUUGUUGAAAAAGCCAAUUUCAAGGCUGAUGAUGAUGCAGAUGCACUUGAUAAGAUAUUGACCGAGAAUGCUAAUAAUUUCGGAAAGAUCAUAGACUUCAUAACUGGAAUGACAAACUCACAAAGACUGGCAGUUAGGGAUGCCUAUCAGCAGAAAACAAAAAAGAAUUUGGGAGAUACACUCACCGAUUACUUCAAUUCUGAUGUAGAGGCUGGAACAGAUACACAGAGCAAUUUGAGGGACUUGCUGAAAAGUCCCGGUGAGUAUUUGGCCUCUAGAAUCGAUGAUUCCCUGGGGAAAAAAGGGAAAGACCUGACCUAUAUGACGGUUCUUUGUACUAGUACAGGAGCUGAGCUGAAGGAGAUCACUAAUGCAUAUUCCAAUAUUGGUGACAAGGUAACUCUGUCCAAGAAACUUGAUUCCUUGAAAGAUUUUGAUUUCAAAACGUUUCUGCAAUACUUAAUCGACGAUUCCAAUGGACCACUUCGAUCAAACGACAAGGCAGAUGAUAAGAAAACAGAAGAUCUCGUAAAAUCCAUUCCUAGCGGAGACAAAGCGCCGUGUACAUCGAAAGAGAACAAACCUUUGUAUGACAUGAUGGCCAGGGAGAGUUUCGAUCAGAUAAGAGCAGUGGCCGAGAAAUAUGAGAACGACAAUAAAGACAGUAAAAUAGUUGCCACAAUUGCUGACAAAUGCGAAGGUGAUCUUGCUUCCGGCUAUACAAGAAUACUAAGAUUUGCAAUGAACGGUGCAGAUUACUUUGCUCAGGAGGCGAAUGUCUGGCUAACAUCGAAUGUCGCAACAGAAGACAACAACAUCAUGUCAUCUGCAACCCGGAUUGUCAUCUCUAGAUGCGAAAUUGAUUUAGCCGACAUUGCAGCUUCGUAUUCCAGACAAUUCAAUAACGUCGAAUUGGCAAAUGCCAUUCAGGGGAAAAUCAACGUGGGUGACUUUCCCUUCAAUUGUCAGCUGUUCACGAACCUUAUCAGAGGAAACAAGAAAUAGUGCUUCAAUUUCAUUUUUCCCAGAUAAGUUUGAAACUAAUAUUUUAAAAAUAGAUGAUUAAUUAUUGAAUGAAUGAGUCUCAAUAGCUAUUAUUAGUUUUCCAUGAAAUACUGAGAAUUAAAAUAAAUAAGAUGCUAUUAUGCUAAUUUGUAGGAAUGGAAAUUCAAAAAAUAUAGGCGAUUUCAAAUAAAUUCCAACUCUAUUUCAUUGUUUAAUUUUCACAACAAACAGUCUACCUGUUAUGAACAUUAAGUUAGAACGAAUCAAGAAAAUAAUUGAUAUUCUCUAUUUGUUAUACUGACAAUAUACGUAUCAAUAUUAAGAUUCUUGUGCAGAGAUCUUCUUCAGUUCUUUAUUUACAAUAAAAAACCCCUUUGGAGACAACCACAAGGACAAAUAAAUAAUAAUAGAUAGUUAAUAAAAAUACAUGUUAUACAUGGACGCAUAUUGAAGAAAUAUUUUGAGAAUAAUGAAUCUCUUUCCAGAGGAAUAUGAUUAACCAUUAAUAUCUGAAAAGAUUAGAUGAAGAUGUUACUCCCAAGAAAAAAAAUAUUCUAGCUACUGUGCAUUCAAGGGAAUACAUGGAUCAGUGGAAUGUUUACCAUACAAUACUUGGUGAAAAACUUUUUUCAGAAGUUAAUCUAGAAAAAGUGGCCAAUUCAUGAUCAUUUCGACAUGAUUGUUUUCAGGACAUUUCAAGAUUCAAUGAGAUCAUUAAAAAUAAUUAUAUGUAUACUGAAUGUAGCAUGUUCAUGUGCAAAGCAUGGUUUAGCAUAUGAAUCAUGCCUCUCGAAUUGUCAUAAGUGGCCUAAUUUUGAAACGUGUUCUUUUAUUUAUUAAUUUCAUACAUUUCUCAUGGUUCUGUGCAAAGAAUUUGUAGAACGAUCUCUUAUUC